CGCAAUCGUGCGCGCAGACCCAUUGAAAUCGCAUCUCCGUAACAAGAGCUUGGUCAGCAUUUGAAAUACCCUCUCUCUCUCUCCCCUUUGCUUGGAACAAGAUCUCUCAGCUCUCAUCGCAUUCGAUGAGCUGAGAUAGCGGGUGCCAAGUGUCGGUCUCUAUCAGCGUUAUCAUCGCCGUCUGAUUAGGGUCGCGCCUCGAGACAUUGCUCGCGCGAGAGUUGCUCGAAAUCCGAGAGAAAUGUUGGACAACGCCGUGCAAGCGAAGCUGGUGUCGAUGCUGCUGAUCGGCGCCGGCAGCUUCGUCGUCGGCAUCGCGCCCGCUUGCUUCGUCUCGCGUGCUCGUAAUCUGCAGCAGAAGCUGCUGCUUUCCUGCGCUCUGUGCUUCGGCGCCGGUGUCCUCCUAGCCACCGCGACGCUUCACGUCCUGCCAGAAGUGCGUCGUGGUCUGCCGGAUUACGCCGAGCUGGUAUUCUCCUGUGGCUUCCUAGCGCUCUACUUGGUCGAGGAGUGCGUGCACUUGUUUUGUCAUCGUGGUCAUCGUGGUCAUCGUGGUCAUCGUGGCUGCGAGAUCGCGCACGAGCAAGGUACAAACUAUCGGAAUCACUGCCAUAGCGUCGGCUACAACGCCGCCCCGACGCAGGACAGGAGCAAGGUCUACGAGGGCGAGGCGACCUUUAGCCAUUACGGUGCGACGCGUUGCGACUGCCAUUCGCGGUCACUCGGCGAGGAAAGCACAUUUUUAUGUCAUGGAAACCACGGCGAGCAGUGUACCGAUGCCAACACCGGCCUCGCCGGUCUCGCCCUCGCCCUCACUGUACACGCGGUCCUCGAAGGACUCGCGAUAGGACUGCAGACGAAAAUCGCCGAGGUCUUGUUACUAACUGGGGCGGUAGCGUCACACAAGUUUGUCGUCGGCUUCUGCUUGGGGCUGGAAUUGGCGGGAGUGAGUAAAUCGCUCCCUAGAUUAGUAUUUGCGAUAUUUCUAUUCGCCGCCGGGUCCGUCCUCGGAAUCGGCAUCGGCAUGCUGACCUUUCAGGCGGAUACAGAUUGGUCAAAAGUGGCAUUGCCGAUCUUGCAAGGUCUGGCGGGCGGAACUUUGCUAUACGUAACCGUAAGCGAAGUUCUCCCGAGGGAAAGAACGAGAUGGCACAAAAGCUGGCGCAGGUUUGCAGGCAUUUUCCAAUUUCUGUCGGUGGCCGUCGGAUUUGUCGUCAUCUUUCUCCUCAACAAUUACCUGGGCGAGUGAACCGUCAUAGUUGGCUCCUUCGAAUUUAUACAAGACGCUUAGCCAUUGGCCAGGAAAUCGGUUCUUGUCAUCUAUUGUAGAAUAAGUUUAAGAGGGCUGCUACCGAAUAAAGUGGAAGAAAUAUUAA